AGAGCAGGCUUUUAGUUGCUGAUCCAUAAUUGCAUGCUCUCACACUGCCCACCUAAAAAAAUCUCCUCGCGUGCUGCUUUAUUUGCAUGGCUUUGCAUGGAGUCCAAAACUCUCGUGGGCCACAUUUAUAUCCCGCCUUUUUUGUAUUCCUUAUUAUCUGUAAUUGCAAAUGACACGAACAUCCGACACUUUUAUUUUAUUUUAUUUUAUUUUAUUUUCCUCAAUGGUUAUUACUGUUUGCAUUCGGAUCAUUUGAUUCGAAUUGUUUACCGUUUGAAGGGGGAGAAAAAAGAAAAAACCGCCACAACCACCACGAUGUGUUUCGUAGGGGUUAUGUUUGUUUUGAUUAUAUUCUCUACCCAUUAAUGAUUCCUUUCUAUGCGCAUACAACUCUACUUGCCCAUCGCGUCUUCGCCUCCCUGCUUUCUCUCCCAUAUGCAUACUUGCAUACUCACAUUUAAAUGCACAUUGCAUACAACAAAUACAAUCGAG